AGACCAGUAAAAGCCCAAUAUCAACUUCCAUUCCCAACCGGAGCGAAGACCGAUCCGUGCGUGAUUCGUUGUUUCAUCGGCGUAGAUGGCUAAAAAGCGAGAACGCCGCGCCGGAGCUCGCGCCGACGCCCAGUCUGAAUCGUCUCAGACGGCCGGCGCCGAAAAAUUCACUGAACCAGAUCGCAGACGCAUAACCACCGCGACGGUAUUAUUGCUCGUUGUAGUUCCUUUCGUUUCCGUAGUAGUAUACCGUAUACUGCACGCGCCGUCUCCGACUACCUCCGACCUAUCGUAUGUCUACCGCCGAGGCCUCGUUACUGAGAAAAUUGACUACCGCCAAGUUCUCCAGGAGCAUACGAUGACCUCGGAGAAUUCGUCUCGAAGAAAUUUUGAAAAUCCUGUGCUCGCCUACAUUACUCCAUGGAAUUCGCAAGGGUAUGAAAUGGCAAAGAAGUUCAGCAAUAAGUUUACUCAUCUUUCCCCUGUGUGGUACGAACUAAAGAGCCAGGGAACAAAAUUGGUUCUGGAAGGAAGACAUAAUGCGGAUAAAGGUUGGAUCGCAGAUAUCAAGAGGACUGGAAAUUCUCAGAUUUUACCUAGGGUUGUUUUGGAAGCAACUCCUCUGGAUCUGCUGAAAAAGAAAAAACAAAGGGAGAAAGCAAUCAUUCUUAUUGUGGCAGAGUGCAAGGAAAUGGGAUAUGAUGGUAUCGUGUUGGAGUCCUGGUCAAGAUGGGCGGCCUAUGGAAUUUUGCAUGAUCCAGACAUGCGAAUUACAGCUCUGCAGUUUGUCAUCCAGCUCGGACAAGCCAUGCAUUCCGUGAGCCUGGACCAGCAUAAAGGGCAGAGAUUGCAAUUAGUGUACGUCAUAGCUCCACCUCGCUCGAAAGAGUUGGAAGAAUAUGAUUUUGGCCCAGAAGAUCUUCGAAGAUUGAGUGAUGAUGUGGAUGGCUUCUCUCUGAUGACUUAUGACUUCUCAGGUCCGCAGAAUCCAGGUCCAAAUGCACCUUUGAAGUGGAUUCACUCUACCUUGCAACUUCUCCUUGAUGCCGCCAGCACCGAUGGUCGUCAGAAACUAGCUAAAAAGAUUUUCAUCGGCAUCAAUUUCUAUGGGAACGAUUUUGUUGCGUCUGGAGGUUUAGGCGGCGGACCCAUCGUGGGAAGGGAGUAUCUAUCUUUGCUGGAGCAGCACAGGCCCCAGCUCCAGUGGGAGAAGAACAGCGAGGAGCAUUUCUUCCUGUACGUCGACAAUCAGGACGUUAGGCACGUCGUGUUCUACCCGUCGCUCAUGUCAGUCGCGACGCGGCUGCAGGAGGCUGCUUCCUGGAAUGCUGGCAUCUCAAUCUGGGAAAUUGGUCAGGGGUUGGAGUAUUUCUUCGAUAUCUUGUGAUAAAUCUAUUUUCUUUGUAAAUCUCCUUCUGUUUUGAACGGGUAACAAAAUUUUGAGUGUGAAAUUUCUGUUAUAACAAA